GUUUGUCAACGACAAUUAUAUAAAAAUAUACUUUGAUUUCCUUCGUUGCGAAGCAAAUUUCCCCAUUAUUAUAGUUGGUCCUCUCCCUCGUUCAUCGCAAGUCACACCCACGUAACGUGCCAUUGCCAAAAACCAUGGAAGAGCCUCUGUUAUCAGAUCGAAGGAGUGAAUUGGGAGACAAAGAGAGUGAUAAAUGGAGCUCGUACCAGUACGUCGGUAGAGCUGGUUCUGUGAUUCCCACUGCUUCCUUGCCCGGAACUGAAGUCAGCGUCGAAGAGAUUCGCUCCGCCGCGGCUGUUUCCGAAAUUUACCCGCCUUCCAUUCAUGCCCCUUUGGUUGGUUCGCCACCGCCGUAUGAUAAUGACCAAGCUAUUGUCUAUCAAGGUGGAUAUGGGGGAAAUUAUGGUGGUACGACAAAUGAACUUCACAGGCAAAUUUUAGAUGAGGUUGAGGUACGAGAGUUGCUCAUUGAUCAUGUUGGGCAUCGUUGCUGUUGGGGAAGUCGUCCAGCUAGGACCUGGAAGAUUCAAGCAGUGGAAGAUUGCAAUGUUUAUGUUGGGACCCUAGAGACUUUCACAGAGGAAAGGGAAACAAUAAAAGAAACCGAGCCUUACCUUGGUGGUAAUGUUGAUGGAAAAGAUAAGGGCCCUGAGCCCGGAGUCUGGGAACUGGAUUUAAGAUCUCAAUUCCCAGUUUUAUUUGUACCUUUCAUGGAAUCUAGAGUUACAAUUCCUCAUUCUGAAACAAUCGAGAAAUGUUCAGAUUGUGCUGGUCGAGGAGAUAUUGUGUGUACUACAUGCAAUGCAAAUCAAGAACCUGGAUUUUAUAAGGCAAACCAGAUGAUGCAGUGUCCUUCUUGUUACGGAAGAGGUUUAAUUGCUCACAGAGAUGGAUCAGAUACAAAAUGUGUGAAAUGUAAUGCUACUGGAAAGAUUCCUUGUGCAACUUGUGGAUCUCGUGGUCUUAUUAAAUGCGAGACAUGUCAUGGUGGCGGCUCUCUUCUGACACGCAGUAUUGCCAUUAUUAAAUGGAAGACACUUUCAACUAGAAAAGUAAGCGGAACAAGUGGAGCAGCAUCUGUCCCGGAUGAUGUUUUCCAUCGAGCCAAGGGCAUCCAGCUAUGCAACACUCAGGCAUACCAGUGCACUCCAGCCUUCUUUGCAGACUCUUUCUUUCUCAACAAGUUCUCUUCUGAAGUUAUUGCAGACAGAGCUCCUGUAGCUCUCACCGCAAGGGUCAUAUGCGAGAGGCAUACUAUCUCUGUCGUGCCAGUAACACGAGUUACCAUGGCUCACCGAAACCGAUCAUUCAGUUUCUACAUAAUUGGUUACAGCAGGGAGGUUUACUUGAAAGAUUACUAUCCCUCUAGAUUUUGCUGGGGGCUUUGUCCUUGCUUGGAAUGGUUGAAGCUUUAAUCAAGGCAUAUAUAUCUCUACCUUAAAAAAACCAUCCAACUCUACAUAGCUAUCCACAUUCAUAAGUUUGGUCCUUCUCUGGUAAUAAUAAUAAUAACAAUGCAGAGUUUUCCUGCUCAGCGCUCACAAAGAUGGAAAAUUGACAUUCUAUUGUGUAAUUAAUUAUUGUCUAAACGGGUUAUAGCCGUCACAUAAUGAGAAAAUGAGGUUUUGUGUGUU